AUGCGUACCAUCAACGACUUCAUAUGGUCUACCCUCUUUCAACAAAACACUCCUGCUGAUCGGAAACCUUUGGACUGUGUAAACGUUUACAUUGUAGAAUUCGAUGGAGCCGAAGGAGUCCAAUGGGGUAGUUACAAUAUUAAUGUUAGUUCCAUAUUUUUAAAUGGAUACGAAGGGGACCUAAAAUGGAAAUUUACCUCCCUAUUUUACCAUGAAAUGACACACUGUUUUCAAUGGGAUGGUGAGGGUCGUGCACCACUAAACUUGGUCGAAGGGGUCGCAGAUUAUGCAAAAUUAAAAGCGGGUUACGCACAACAAGGGUAUGCAGCGCGAGGACAAGGGGAUCGGUGGGAUCAAGGGUAUGAUUUCACCGCACGUUUUCUUGAAUAUUGUGAUGGGAUCGUCCCUGGGUUUGUUGCAAAGCUUAACAAGAAAAUGAGGCAUAACUUUGAUGUCAUCUAUUUUAAAGAGUUAACUGGGAAGAAUGUGGAUCGACUUUGGAAGGAGUACAAGGCUAAAUAUGGAAAAUGA